UAUGCUUUUAAACUUUGGCAGACUGCUCCACAUAUGUUGAUAUUUCGAUCAUUCCUACAGAAUGCUAGAUUGGCGUUUGUGGUCUAUACACUACGUAUUGUGAGCAUUCGCUUCCCAAGGGCGUAACGCUGAACAUCAGCGAUGAAGAGCCCAAUGGCAACGUCGCAACUAAGUUCCUUAAUCUUACGGACGAUCUAAUGAACAGGGGGGAGUCUGAACUCAUUGAUGGAAGCGUACGGCCCAAUCUCACGGCUAUUCAUAUAGCUCCUAGGAUCGAGCCGCGCAGAAUUGCCAGUUACUGUCUACUAUACUGGUGCGUCAAGACAUACAAAGCUAGCGCUCAAAACAAUAGGCCAAAAGGAGAAUUACUUGACUCGUGGCAUGGUUUUACUGCGGUACGACGACCUGAUGACUCGCAUUCAGUCUAUCAAAAUAUAAACCUUCAAGUGCCUUUCGACCCAGGCUUGCAAAGCCUCAACUUUAGUGUUGGUGAAAGCUCAAAAGACUUGUCUAUGUGGCUCCAAUUUAAACUAGCGACAGAGGGGUAUAGCGAUUGUCUAUUAUCCGAAAACACCAGAACGAGUCUUGAUCCAGUCAUGCAUGAACUCAAGAAGCCGAUGAUGGAAUAUGGGUAUGUUGGCUUUUUUUGAAACUUGCUUCUGGCAUGACAACUGGGGUGCGUCUGCUAGGCAAUGCAACUGCGACGGGCAAGUCCCAGCAAUUGGAGAUACAGCUAAAGGUCAAUUGGCCAU